AAUGCCAGCUCUCUCUUCUCCCGUAUGUCUGCAUGUGUGUCUGGCUGGCUGGUGAGCCCCGACGAUCACAUGGACCUCAGGCAACCACCUCCCUCCCUCUGAUUCCAGUCCUCACUCCCACUUCAUUACUUGCAACUUUUGCAAACUACUCCAAAGCUGAAGUGCUUAUCCCAGACUCUGCUCUUGGUUCUGGGGUUUGCUAACUGCCAAGAUCUGUUUUUCCCUCUCUGCUGAUCCUGCAUUGGAUAUUCACAGAGGAGCAUUCUACUGCAAAAAGCAAAAAAAUAAUAAUGACCUCCUUUGUCGAGAAAGCUUCUUUUGCUCAGCUCUGCCUCACGCUGUGUGCUUUUGAUCUGACACUGCUUGGGGAUAUAACCUGGGCUCUACCUAUGGAAGAGCAGGAUUACUAUCUGCAGGAAAUCAUCAACAGGGAUCAUUAUUAUUCCUUUCCAGAUCCUGAAGAGGAGUAUUCACCUUUCACAGAACAGCCAAGGGAGGAAGAAACCGAGCCCCCUUUGGAGACAGAAGAACCCCAAAGAUUCAAGCUGGGCAAGAAGGAGUUAAAAAUGAAGAAAGCCAACAAAAAAGACAAAUCCACUCUCGAGACCCCGCCAGUUAAAAAUGGGAACAAGAAAGGUGAGAAAAACAAGAAAAGCAACGAAAGGACACCAGAUGGCGACUAUGAAAGACGAAGCACUUAUGAGGAGAGCUGGGAAAGUUGCCCUCCACUUGGUCUUGAAACAUUAAAAAUUACUGACUUCCAGCUCCAUGCUUCUACUGUAAAGCGAUAUGGCCUUGGGGCCCACAGAGCACGGCUAAAUAUUCAGGCAGGUGUUAAUGAAAAUGAUUUUUAUGAUGGUGCUUGGUGUGCAGGACGAAAUGAUCCGUACCAGUGGAUUGAAGUCGAUGCUCGGAGGCUAACAAAGUUCACAGGAGUUAUCACGCAAGGAAGGAAUUCUCUCUGGCUGAGUGACUGGGUAACGUCUUACAAAGUCAUGGUGAGCAAUGACAGCCAUGCAUGGAUCACUGUCAAAAAUGGUUCUGGAGACAUGAUUUUUGAAGGCAACAGUGAAAAGGAGAUCCCAGUCCUCAAUGAGCUGCCAGUACCUCUUGUUGCACGUUACAUUCGGAUAAACCCUAGGACGUGGUAUGAAGAUGGAAGCAUAUGCAUGAGGCUGGAAAUCCUAGGCUGCCCUCUCCCAGACCCAAAUAAUUAUUACCACAGAAGAAAUGAAAUGACAACAACAGACAACCUUGAUUUUAAGCACCACAACUACAAAGAAAUGAGGCAGCUGAUGAAAGUGGUGAAUGAGAUGUGUCCAAAUAUCACAAGAAUUUACAAUAUUGGGAAAAGCCACCAAGGGCUAAAGCUGUAUGCUGUUGAAAUCUCAGACAACCCAGGAGAACACGAAGUUGGUGAGCCAGAAUUUCGGUACAUGGCAGGGGCUCAUGGGAAUGAGGUGCUGGGACGCGAGUUACUGCUUUUGUUAAUGCAAUUUAUGUGCCAGGAAUAUCUGGCUGGGAACCCACGUAUUGUACGCCUCAUUAAGGAUACCAGAAUCCACCUUCUUCCUUCAAUCAACCCAGAUGGAUAUGAAAAGGCCUACGAAGUGGGUUCAGAAUUAGGAGGCUGGUCUUUAGGAAGAUGGACUCAAGAUGGCAUUGACAUCAACAAUAACUUCCCUGACUUAAAUACUCUGCUUUGGGAAUCUGAAGAUCGUAAAAGGGUUAUGAGAAAGGUCCCAAAUCAUCACAUACCAAUACCAGAAUGGUACCUGUCUGAAAACGCUACAGUAGCAGUUGAAACACGAGCAGUGAUUGCCUGGAUGGAGAAAAACCCUUUUGUGCUUGGGGGCAACUUACAAGGUGGAGAACUUGUUGUUGCCUACCCCUAUGAUAUGGUCCGGUCGACGUGGAAAACCCAGGAGCACACGCCUACCCCAGAUGACCAUGUUUUUAGGUGGCUGGCAUAUUCUUAUGCCUCCACCCAUCGGCUGAUGACAGACGCUCGCCGGAGAGUGUGCCAUACGGAGGACUUCCAGAAGGAAGACGGGACUGUAAAUGGAGCUUCAUGGCAUACUGUUGCAGGAAGUAUAAAUGACUUCAGCUACCUACAUACAAAUUGUUUUGAACUAUCCAUAUAUGUUGGCUGUGAUAAAUAUCCCCACGAAAGUGAAUUACCUGAAGAGUGGGAAAAUAACAGGGAGUCCCUUAUUGUUUUCAUGGAGCAGGUGCACCGAGGCAUUAAAGGCAUGGUGAGGGAUCUACAUGGCAAGGGGAUUCCAAAUGCUAUUAUUUCUGUAGAAGGCGUUAACCACGACAUUCGCACAGCAAGUGAUGGAGAUUACUGGCGCCUUCUAAACCCUGGAGAAUACGUCGUCACUGCAAAAGCAGAGGGCUAUACUGCUGCCACCAAAAACUGUGCUGUGGGUUAUGACAUGGGUGCGACCCGGUGUGACUUCACCAUCAGCAAAACCAACUUGGCCCGAAUCAAAGAGAUCAUGGAGAAAUUUGGGAAACAGCCCAUUAGCCUGUCACUUCGGCGGAACAGACAGCGAGCAAGGCAGAGGCGCCAGCAGUAUAGACAACUUUCUACAGUGUAACAAAUUAUGUUAUCAUGCUCUGCAUCUAAACUGAGACCUACUCCCAUAGUAGAACGAAUAUAUAUAUAUAUAUAUAUAUAUAUAUAUAUAUAUAUAUAUAAUAUCAACCCUGUCUGACAGUAUUCUAAUUAGGGAUCUUUUAUUAUAGAAUAUCUUGGGAUUCCACUACUUAAUGUUAGAUUUAUAUGCUCAUCUGAAAAAUGUGGAAUAAAAUAUUGUCUUCUAAAAAGAUCUGAUGCGUAACAAUUGCAUGUGGCACUGGUAUUCUCUGACCCAGAGGAGAGGCUUUAUAACCAGAAGAAAUUCCACACAUUUACAGCCGCAGACCAUGUACUUCCUUGAAACCAUUUAACUAAAGAUUCUGCAAAUACAGGCAUUGGGUUUGGGGGUUGGAAAUGAGAUUUCAAGAUUCAGCACUGAAAUACUUUUGAGCUGGGAGACAGAAUUCAGAUUCUGUCCAAGAUACUAUCUGUGGCACCUGUUCUGUCAUUAAUCCAACAAACAAAAUGCAAAAGUGAACAAAGAUGUCUACAGCAAAAGCAAUUAAAAUGGUGUCCAUUUUUCAUGGAGGAAUGAAAUAUUAGAUCGAGAGGUUCUUUCCAGAGUUAUUUCAGAUACCACCUUUGUGGUGCCAGAUCAGUCCAACUUGGGGCCACGUUGGAACAGAUUUCAGCAUGAUGUCAUGAAGGCAACAGCUUGGUGGGCAAAUAGCUCUGCAAAAGUGACCACUGAGCUUCACCUCUUACCCAUCACCAGUCACCAUAUUGUUGCUGAAUGUUCAACAAAUGCACCACCCUUGCAAAUGUGUUAAAAGUGACCUCAAUAUUUGGUCUCACUAUAAAGUUAACAUCAUCUUUAAACUAGUGUUCCAUAUUCUUGCUACUUCCAGGUUCACUGGACAAGUGACAGGGAGAAACCCCUGGAUAGAAUACCAGGGAAACUUCCAUUCUCUAACAUUAAUAGUAGCUUGAUUUGCAGGACAUAAACUAGUUCAAAUUAUUGAAAAGCAGGCUUCUUUAUAGUUAGAUUGUGAUGGGCCAGAAAGAUGAGGAGGUUUGGAGCACAGCAGCUGGGCCCUGAAUCAAGACAUCGCUGCCAUGAACUCAACAGGUGAGCUUAGAAAAUUGAUUCUCUUUCAGCUCUGCGUCACACCUGCAACACAGAAAUAACAGUAUUUACCUGCCUUGCAGAGAUAUAAGGAUAAUGUAUGUGAAAACUACAGAUGUGAUAUAUAAACGGUGUGUUGCUACUGUCUUUAUAAAUGAAUGAGAUCAGCUUGUAAAACAACCAACCAGGCAAUACCGGACAUUUUCUUCAACUUGUGUAACAUGAUGUAAGCUCGUAUCAGUUAUAUAGGGUUUGAACAUUAUUAUGCCAUUCAAUGGCAGAAUCUCAACUCUUCUCUUAUGUCUGAAAAUAAGCCAAUUGUGUCACAUAUAGAAUCAUGCAUGACAACAAGACUUUACUGAGCCCUCCUAAGUACAGUGGUACCUCGGGUUAAGAACUUAAUUCAUUCUGGAGGUCCGUUCUUAACCUGAAACUGUUCUUAACCUGAGGUA